CCCUGGGGGGGAUAUUUUGUGCUACUUGUCUUCAUCUAUGAUUGUCGUUUGUCGUUUGUUGUUUCUGUUUUCAUUCCGAAUCCAUUUCAUUGGUAACAUAUUUGUACAAGUUUCUUACAAUUUCGUCCAGUUUAGUAGUGUUUGAACCAGUUCACAUACAAAAGUCGAUUUAAAAAUGAGUUCAGAAUCAACCCCAACGAAAACGUUUGCACAACAACAGGCAGAACGUAUGAAGAGGUUAAGAGAGCUCCAUCGCAUGCGAAAUGAGGCAAGAACCCACAAUCAUCAUGAAGUGGUGGCAGAGGAUGCUAGAAAUAAGAUGCCCCAGAACUGGGAAGCCAGGAAACGAAAGGCUGAAUGGAUUCUAAACGACCAGAAAGAACGGGAGGAGGCAUCAAAAAAUGGCGAAGAUUAUGAUAGAAAGAAGCUUUUGAAUUUGACUGCCAUUGAUGCUGAGCGUCUGGAAAGAAAAAAGAAAAAGAAGAACCCUGACCAAGGAUUCUCAGAUUUUGAAGCAGCUACACACAGGCAGUAUAACAGAUUAGUAAAGAACAUGGCACCAAAAGAUAUGGAACGUUAUGAGGAACAAAAAGAAAAACUUGGAGACGCUUUCUAUGCAGGUCCACACACUAUUGUGCACGGAUUACACCAAGACAGACCCGAAGCUAUAGACAAUCUUGUAAAAAGUGUAGAAGAUCAAAUUGCCAAGAGAAACAAGUAUUCUCGAAGAAGAAUGCACAAUGAUGACGCCGAUAUUGAUUAUAUUAACGAACGAAACGCCAAAUUCAACAAGAAGUUGGAGAGAUCUUAUGGAGAGCAUACAACCGAGAUUAAACAGAAUUUGGAAAGAGGAACAGCGGUCUAGAUGUUCUUGGUUUAGUAGAUGUGUGUGCAACCUUGAUUUUUGUACAGUAAACUAUAGAAAAAAGUGCAUUGGAUUUUAUAAUUAUGUUUGUACCUUUAGUAAAGUUGUUUAUUAUUGAGUUCUGAUAAGUUCCAAGUUUUGGCAAUACAUAUGUAUUACAAAAAAACAUGCCUUUCCUGUUUAUUUUUUUUAUGAAAAUAAGCAUUUAUUCAAAAAUAAAUAAUAAAUACAAUAUUUACAUUCAACUUAAAACUUAAAAAUACCAGCUAUGUUACAAAUUGUGUAUUUGAUGAGCAAUUUAUUUAAUCAAUAAAAUAAGUUAAACAGCA